UGAGCUCCCUGUGAACACGUGAUCAUUACAGGAAGUCUGAUGUCAACACGUCGAUUUCACAAGUGUUUGCAGGUUCACGAUGACUGAGGUGAGCCACCAGCAGUGGGGCCAGGUGUGUGGUCGGGGCGCGGUGGACCUGUGGGUGCUGACGUCGCCGCAGGUGCGGGUGGAGGUUCUCACGCUGGGAGCCAUCAUCAGGUCUGUGUGCAGCAGAGGGAGCGAUGGUCAGAUGCAGGACGUAGUCUUGGGCUAUGAUGACCUGGAAGGUUAUUUGUCAGAUCAGCGGUAUCUGGGAGCUGUGGUGGGACGCGUGGCCAACAGGAUCGCAGGGGGGCGCUUUGUAGUGGACGGAAAAGAUUACCAAUUAGACAUCAACAAUGGGCCUAAUGCACUGCAUGGAGGGCUGCUGGGCUUCAAUAAGGCGAUCUGGUUUGCUAAAGCAGUGGAAGGUGGUGUCCAGCUGAGUCACACCAGUCCAGAUGGGGAUCAGGGUUACCCUGGUGAGGUUCACGUCUCUGUCACCUACACCCUGCAGGGGGAAACACUAACCGCUGAAUACCAGGCUGUGUCUUCUAAAACCACGCCCAUCAACCUCACUAACCACUCCUACUUCAACCUGGCAGGACAGGGUGCAGCAGAUAUCUACGAUCAUCAAAUGUCCAUCAGUGCUGAGUCUUUCCUGCCUGUGGACAACUCCAUGAUUCCUACAGGAGAGAUCAAAGCAGUAGAGGGCACGCCCUUUGACCUCAGAAAGCCUGUUCUGAUUGGCCCUCGACUAAAGGAAGUCCCAGGUCCAGGGUUUGACCACAACUUCUGCCUGUCAUCUCCUGGAGACACGUGGGCAGAGAGACAUGCUGCCAGGGUGAGUCACCCGGCCAGUGGGCGUGUCUUGGAGGUGUCGACCAGCCAGCCAGGUGUCCAGUUCUACACUGCCAACUUCCUAGAUGGCGUCACAGGAAAGGGCGGAGCUAAGUAUGGCAAGCACAGCUCCUUCUGUCUGGAGACACAGAAUUGGCCUGAUGCUGUUAACCAGCCUUCGUUCCCUGACUGUCUCCUGUGUCCGGGUGAGAAGUACCUGCAUGUCACUCGCUUCACCUUCACCACCGUCUGACCUGAACGCUACCUUCAGAAAGCGUGCAGAUCUCUUGUGUGUGAAGGACCUUCUCAUCCUAACAAUGUUAUCUACAGAUAAUGACUAUAAGUGCCCGUAGACUAUAAGUUCUUUCUAACCUGAUACAAAAGUGAGUGUUGACUAUCAAUACUGUUUUUAUUAUUUCUGUCACUUGAGUCUGAUUUUCCGGUGAUAAUCUGUGAUAAUGUGAUAAUCUGUGAUAAUCUAUGUCAGGACCAUUAAGUAAAAACAGCUGAGAACAGUAGAUAAAGUGAUUGUAUCUGCUGUCAGUAGAGUGAGAAAGUGAUGCCUGUAAAAAUGAAUCAGAAAUCGUCCAGUAAAAAAGUGAACAAUCA